UACCUGCAACGUAACAUCGUUGAACAAUCGUGAAAUUAUAGAUUUAUCCUCGAGGAGGGGGAGGUAGAGGGGAGAAAGGAACAAAGAUCAAGAUCGGUUUCUAUAAAUUAAAUAACGAAUAAUCUCUGUCGCAGCCGCCUCGACUCUGGUCGAAUCGAAAUAUCGAAACGAGAGCACAAGCGACGGAGAGGAAGGGAGAAGAGGAGAGCGACGAAAUUCUUCGAAAUUCUCCUUUUCUCUCCACCCUCCACCCCCCAACCGUGUAUAACCGUGCACGUGUAUAACCUUAAUCUCGACAAAGAUGACGUUGACUCGAUAAGACGAUCGAAGGGUGUUGUUCUCGCGUUGUUAACUCGUUGCUCGUUUCGACGUCACCGAAAAUUCCAAAGUUGAAAAGUUCACGGAGACUUUCUUCCAAGGUUAAAAGGAAAAAAAAGAAAAGAAAGAAAACCCCCUCUUCGAUUUCCCUCGACACGAUUUUCUAACCCGAUUCUAACCUAAUCGUCGCAACGAUGCUUCGAAAAAUGGACGGGACAACCGUUUGUCCGCCGAUCUCGUCCCCAUUCGAGCCGUAAGCCACGAGAUGACGAGAGGACGACGACGACGACGACGACGACGACGACGACACGAUACACGCGCGAGUGCACAAUGAGCGAGUGCUCCUCGGAACGAUUGCCACGGAGGAACGUCGGCCAAGAGGAAUGGAUUAAUCGUCAUUUCCGAAAAUUGGCCUGCCUGUACAGGAAAUCGCCGUGCCUCUGGAAGAAGGACACGUGGAGCUACUUGAACAGCGAGCACAGGCAUCGCGCCUACGCCCGGAUCCACGUCGCCAUGAAUCUGCCCCGGGUCACAUUCGUCGAGAUCGUUCUGAAGAUACGGGAGAUGAGGCGGUUAUACGUGAACGAGUUGAGAAAUCUGUUGGAGGCGAGAUCGAACGGUUAUUACUACCAGGUCCAGAUACCGUGGUUCUAUGAAUUGCAUCGAUUCCUAUACCCGUACCUGGAUUACGACGAGGCAGUCGAGUUGCACAAAAUCGACAAAUCUUGCGGCGAGUGCAGGGAAUCGGAAGAGUUUUCGUCGAGGUGCAACUGCACUCGAUGCACGUUAUCGCGUAGAAGCAGCCGCGUGAAAAGCGCGUCCACGUCCGCCUCCCCCCGCGGUUUCUCGAUCAGCUCCCCCGCAAUCUCCUUGCCAAAGAUCAAGAGCCAGCCUCGAACUUGCUCCCGCUCUUGCGGCAGGAUAUCAAACGCUAAGAAACAAGUGGAAAGAUCCCUUUCGUGCAGGACCAAUUCCUGCUGCAAGAGAUUGAAACGCCGCGAGGAUUCGUCCGGGGACGACGAGGCGAUGAACAGGCGACAGGAAAAUCAGGAAUUCAGAAUUUUGGGAAAGUACAGCACGGCGUCGAGCAGCUACACUUACGAGAGCGAAUCGGAUCAAUGGGAUAUAUUCUCCACGACCGUCACGCGUUUCCUGAAAAGAUUGGAGAGACCUUACGCGCUCGAGGCGCAGGCGGAAAUUCAACGAAUCUUGAAGGCGAUGCUGAUCAAAUCGAAGAAUGGAAGAUCCACGAAUCCGAGACAAUUGAGGAGAGAGGAGAGAUUUUCCGGGGGAAAAUAUGGUUGGCAGGCAGGAUCGAAAAUGGGCGGGCAAGUUACUUGGUUAGCUCGGUGUUACUUCAUCCGAGGAAAAGAGGAUCGAAGAAUUUCUCGGUGAAUGGCGUUAGUCGAGGAAAAUAGGAUCUCCCAGGAUCGUGGCUGACGAAAAAUUUGGUCGUCGCUGGUUUCACAGAUAUCGACAAGGGAGGAUUGGCCCCCAACGUCCAACGUUCCUGGCUGACACCUAUUAGGAUUGCUUUAACUGGGGAUCCUCCCACGAAUGCUGAAACGUUUAAGGCCGUCCAAAGACUACGCUAACCUUCGAGGAAAUCCCUUUGAAUCCCGAUGAAAUCUCGUCUGUUUCGGGAAGCCAGGUGAGCGAGGGAAGGGGCGAUUUUUUUCUUAAUGCGUGACCGAGAAAAAGAGAACAAAUUUUCAAUCCACUUUUUAAGCGCGAAAUGUUCGCGUUCUCCAAUUUGCAUUUCUGUUCCUUCGCUGACUUUGUCUCUUUGGUUGAAGUUUUUAUUAUGCAAAGAAAUCGAAGUUGAAUUCAUCAUUUGAUGAAUCGUGUCCAAUGAUUUGUGAUUUUCUAGGGUUUUUAUUUUAUCGUUAUUAAAACACUCCCUCGACGAAAUGUCUAUCUUUUCAAUCCUUCCGUUCUGAUUUUCCACAUUGAAGCAAUUGUAGCGGAUUUAUUUUCCAUCGGAUGAUUUUAUUUCCAUCUACGUAAAAAUCGAUGUUGUCGAAAAUGUUUCCGUAUAUAAUAGUAAUGGGAUCGAUUCGAUUGUAAAUAUUUUAAUUCGAUAUAGGCUUGAUUGAAAAUUGCUAACGAUUUUUUAUCGCGAAAGAGUUGUAUUAUAUCGAAAUAAAAAUAGCACGUAUCAAUUGUUAUCGAAAUAUUUUGUAUUUUAUUUUGUAUAUACUUUUACUUCCAAUUCGACUCAAGAAGCCAUACCACAAUUUUCUUCUAUAGUAAUUCACACGUUUUGUAUAUAUUUUUAAUUUCGCAUUCGCGAUAAAAACAUAUAAUAAAAUUAAAUUACAGCUCGAACUAUUCCGUUUCUUGUUCAUUCAAAAUGAUUAAAUUCUCCAACGAGAAGAUUAUAUUUUUAUCAAACUGUCUGUACAAACUGUAAGUAAGUAAAUACGUGUUUUGCAAGAGCAUCGUUCCCAUCGCUACUACUACUUCUUGUACUAGCAUCGUUGUGGCAACUCUCCUCUUCGUUAUUACGGUAACACGAUCCUUUGAAGUAACGUCGCAACCCGAUUUUAUGAUCUCUCCUUAAACCGAGGUUUCACUUCGCAGUUUCUCGUCCCCGGCUUUCCCGAAGCAUUAAACCGGAUUUUCAAACUGCCGGUUGAAAAUGCAAGAAAAACGGAAGUCGUCCUUCCGCGCGGAAGAUUAAGGGGCGCGCUUCGUAAAAAGCGGCCAUCUUUUUUAAACGCGUCCUUUGAUUACGCUCGCAAUCAAGCUUAAUCUUGGAAGCCGCGGAACGUUCGAACUUUCGAACCCCUCCUCCCUCGAAAAUAAUAAGUCUGGGUUAAUUAACAAUUGCUACUACACGCUUGAAUAAGCGAACAACUUCGUUAAAGAUAUUAAACGAGCGCAACAUCA